AUGCAGUUCCGAGCACUGAUCGCGGCAGUGGUACCGACGCUGCUUUCCUGGCAGGUCAGGGCGGACAGCGCCAGUAGUUCGACCAGUACCCUCAAGUUCGACGCUCAAAAGCCCACCUUCACCUUCGACUACAGCACUACGGUGCCCGACAAGACCAACUGGGUGGCCGUCUACCCCAAGGGCUACGACCCAAGCGUCGCCGAGCAGCGCACCCAGUAUCUCUACUGGGCCUACGCGCCCGAAAGCAGCGGCACCGUUCAGAUCCAACCUGCGUGGGCCUAUCCCGGCGAAUACUCUGCCUGGUUCCUGGCUCAGAACGGCUACAACAAGCUCGCCGGUCCGGUCCGGGCGCUGAACCGCGGCGAGACGGGGCCGAUCGAGUUCAUCGUGAGUAAAUUCACUACGCAAAACGCCCGUGAAAAGGAGCGCUUCACCGCGCGCGUGAGAGGUCUGGUGAAGAACCGGCUGCAGCCGCCGCGGUUCACGCUCCUCUCGGACUCGUCCGAGUCCGGCUGGGUCGAGGUCGGCAGCGACGGCCUGAUCUCGGGCACGCCGGCCAAGGGCGACCGUGGCACCACGACCAUCGUGGUGGGCGCGAUAGCCGAGAACGGCUCCAAGACGACACUCCAGGUAUCUGUCCCUGUGGUCGCCGCGGACGCGCCCAUGGUCGACCAGCUCAAGGUGACGACGAUGAACAUCUGGGUCGGUGGCGCGUUCGUGCACAACAGCCACUACAAGCAGGUCAGCUACCUGGCGAGCACCAACGCGGACGUCAUCGGACUGCAAGAGACGGUCAAGCCCGGGGACGCCGGCACGCGGCUCGCCAAGGCGCUCGGGUACUACCACCACGACAAGGGCGACAAGGCGAUCCUGUCGCGGUACCCGAUCGUGGAGGCGCUCGAGGCCAACGGCGCGGCGGACGGGGUGCACAUCCAGCUGGACGGCGAGGACAGCGAGAUCAUCUUCUACACGGCGCACCUCGGAUACGACCCGUACGGGCCGUACGACUUUUGCUUCAGCAACAUGACGGCCGAGCAGGUGACGGGGCGCGAGGCCGAGUCGGGUCGCACCGGGCAGAUCAUGGACAUCUCGGCGGGCAUCGCCCAGCUGAUGCCGGACGCGGACCGGGUGCCCGUGUUCCUGACAGGCGACUUCAACGCGCCGUCGCAGCUGGACUGGACCGAGGCGACGCGGGACGCGCACUGCGGCGUGGGCUACUACGAGUGGCCGACCUCCAAGUACCCGCUCGCGGCCGGCCUCAAGGACACGUUUCGCGAGCUGCACCCGGACCCGGCGCAGGACCCGGCCGACACGUGGUCGCCGCUGCACCCGGCGUCGCAGGAGCCGCCGGACAGGAUCGACUUCAUGUACUACGGCGGCAACGGGGUGAAGCCGCUGGAGAGCUUCCCCAACGUGGUGGGCACGCCCAAGUUCGAGCCGGACCAGUGGGAGAACGAGUGGCCGACGGACCACAAGAGCUUCGAGUCGCUGUACCAGCUGCUGCCGAGUGCGCAGAGGAAGACGAGGGACCAGUGGUCGGGACGGUGA